AUGGGAGAAGACUCAGCGCUAUCAAUGACAGAGGGACUUCAGCAAUCUUCGUCGCCACAACGGUCGAGUGUUCCACAAAACUUGAAGCUUACGAUGCCUCACACUCUUUCCACGAACGGGGCGAGCUUCACUACCCGCUUGGAAGACGAAACAUUGCACUCGAGUGACCUAAAGAAAGAUCCUGUGAACGGAAUCAAUGGGACAUAUGGAGCCCCCGGAACGCUUGUAGAGUUGGGCACGGGAUUCGAACCUCCCAGCACAGAACAGCCCGCGCGUGAUAUCGACGCUUCGGGACACCAAGGAAACAUACCCUAUCGGACUAAGCCUGCUUCCAUUCCCUCACGAAACCCAUCGACUAAAUCUGGAAAGGGAAAACAGCAGAGGCAACAUGGCUUCUCAACUCCACAGGGGCGGCGGAGUGUGCAGUUUGCUCGAACCGCUUCCGACGUUGAAGGAGGAGGAUCGCAUUCCAGGGCCUCCUCCAUCGGCCCAGAAGAUGGAGACCAGAAGGACCGCCGGUUUCAUUCGUCCCUGUUCUCAAAACUGAAAACAUUCGCUGCCUCCCCUUCCUUCCCAACGCAUGCCCGUACCUCCAGUGGCCUAACCACAGGGGAUGAAUCCGCGGAGCCUAGACCACCUGGAGAUACCGCCACUCCAAGAUCAGAAAGAGGGGAAUUCCGUUUCCCCAACACUCUUGAGGAAGAAGGAAGCGAGAUGGAUGCGGAUGCGGAGUCAAGUUCUGGGGAACAGGCGGUUGGUAUACCUAAAAGGAAGCGAAAAAUCCGAAGACAACGUGGCUCGGGGUCCCAUACUGCACCUACGACCCCGAAGUCAAGCGCGCGGCCAAGUUUCCAUCCAAGCGGCUCUUAUACUCAUGGAGACAAUUUCUUCGGAAGCCAUUUCUCUCGCAGGACUGAACCACACACUAUUUCUCCUCCGACACGUGAUGGAGUUUCUGAAGAUGAAGGCCGAGAAAGGUUAAAACGUGAUAAUAUGUGGAGAAGACGAAACGGAUGGCUCCAUAGCGCUCGCGGGUUAAGUUACAGCGGUCCAAGUCGGACGGAAGGUCGAGGUUCCCAAGAUGAGAAAAGGCUUAGUAAUUUUCGACGUUUAACAGGAUUUGGUGGCCAGCCAGACCAUGGUGAGGGUCUUACUGCAACAUGGAGAAGACACAAGGCAGAAAGAGGGUCCAGCCUUAGUGCUCAGAGAUGGCGACAGAUUAAAGCAGGGCUAAAAAUGAUCGGUCACCGCAAAAAGGUCGAAACCACAGUAGACCAUGUCAAGUCUGCCGAGCUACUCGCCGAGCUUAUCUCUGGCAUCCCCGCUGCUCUUUUGUUGGCAAGUAUGUUCCAAAGGGACGAGCAUGGAAGCAGGCGUAUCCCUAUCCUUCUUGAGCAGCUAAAGGUUCAUAUCACGGACAGCAAAUUUGACCCACACUCUAGUGAUCGCCACUUGACGUUCCGAAUAGAACUAGAAUAUGGCAGCGGAAUGACACGGAUGAAAUGGGUAAUUAACAGAACUCUCAGGGAUUUCGCCAACCUACAUAUAAAGUAUAAACUCCAAAUUGGGACCAUGCGGUAUAUUCAGCUUAAAGCCCAUGACUCAGCGCAUCCUUUACCCCGUUUUCCAAGAAGCGCCUUCCCUUACCUACGGGGUGUUCGCGGUCUGGAGAGUGAGGGGGAAGAAGAAGCCGAUGAAGGAGGCUUUGAAACUGCAGGAGAUGGUACCAGUGGUAACGAAAAAGCAAACAGGAAAAAGAAACGACGCUCGUCCCUAGGUCUUUCCCGGAGACGGUCAAGCUUGACUGCUCCAGUGGAAAGUGGUGCAUCGGGGGUCUUGGAGUCAGGCAUUACGCGCGCUGCGUCCAUUGGGGGGAUUAAAAAGGAAUCGUACCCGGAACGCCAACGGAAAAAACUCGAGAUCUAUCUACAGCAAAUGAUCCGUUUCCUCAUUUUUCGCCCUGACAGUAACAGACUUUGCAAAUUCUUGGAACUUUCAGCAUUGGGUGUUAGGCUGGCAUCGGAAGGUAGUUACCAUGGCAAGGAGGGGUUCCUCGUUAUUCAAUCGUCGAAGGGACUUGAUUUCCGGAGAGCACUCAAUCCAGCCAUGAUAAAAUCGCGACACUCGCCGAAAUGGUUCCUGGUACGACAUAGCUAUGUUGUUUGUGUUGAUUCACCUGAAGAAAUGAACAUCUACGACGUCUUUUUGGUAGAUCCUUUCUUCCAAAUUCAACACCAGAAAGUACGGCUACGUGACCAAAAACCUAAACAAUUAGCUCGAUCCGCGAAAGAGUCGGCUGCGCAUCCACAGCACCAUACACUAAAACUUCAAAACUCCGAACGUAAAUUGAGAUUGCUCGCUCGAAAUGAACGUCAGUUACAUCAGUUUGAAGACUCUAUUCGAUUCAUGAUGGAUACCACACCUUGGUCGAAACCUAAUCGGUUCGAUAGCUUUGCUCCUGUCCGUCCAAAUUGUUUCGCUCAAUGGCUAGUCGAUGGCCGUGACUAUAUGUGGGUGGUAUCCCGCGCCAUAAACCAGGCCAAAGACGUCGUGUAUAUCCAUGAUUGGUGGUUGAGCCCCGAGCUCUACAUGCGGCGGCCAGCUGCUAUUAGCCAGAAAUGGAGGCUCGAUCGAUUGCUUCAAAAGAAAGCGCAGGAGGGCGUCAAGGUUUUUGUGAUAAUGUAUCGAAACAUCAACUCUGCCAUUCCUAUUGAUUCUGAGUACUCCAAAUUUUCUUUGCUUGAUCUGCACCCGAAUAUCUUCGUGCAAAGAUCUCCCAACCAGUUUCGACAAAAUACUUUUUUCUGGGCUCACCACGAGAAGCUGUGUCUGGUUGACCAUACUCUUGCAUUCAUUGGAGGAAUUGAUCUUUGCUUUGGGAGAUGGGAUACUCCACAACAUCUCCUUACAGAUGACAAGUUGACAGGAUUCGAACUGACUGACGUGCCUAAAGAUGCGGAUCAUUGUCAGCUCUGGCCUGGGAAAGAUUAUUCGAACCCGAGAAUUCAAGAUUUCUAUGACCUCGACAAACCGUAUGAAGAAAUGUAUGACCGCGAGGUUGUUCCUAGAAUGCCGUGGCAUGACAUUGCCAUGCAUGUGGUAGGACAGCCGGCUCGUGACCUCACAAGGCAUUUUGUUCAGCGAUGGAAUUACAUUCUAAGACAACGAAAACCUACUCGGCCAACUCCAUUCCUGCUACCUCCGCCGGAUUUUAAUCCCGCAGAUUUGGAAUCUCUUGGCCUUGAUGGCACUUGCGAGGUUCAGAUCCUCCGUUCAAGCAGCACUUGGUCAACCGGAACACCUGACGUGACUGAACACAGCAUCAUGAAUGCUUAUGUCAAGAUGAUUGAACAGUCGGAGCACUUCGUCUACAUCGAAAACCAGUUUUUCAUUACCAGUUGUGAAAUUGAAGGAAAGAAGAUUGAAAACCUUAUUGGGGAUGCUCUCGUGGAACGUAUUAUUCGAGCAUCUAGGAGUGAUGAAGAAUGGCGAGCUGUGAUCCUGAUACCUCUUAUGCCCGGUUUCCAAAAUCAGGUUGAUACGGAGGGAGGUACUAGUGUUCGUUUAAUCAUGCAAUGUCAAUAUCGAAGCAUCUGUCGCGGGGAGACAUCCAUAUUCGGCCGGCUUCGAGCCGCCGGAAUCGAACCGGAAGACUACAUCCAAUUUUUCAGUCUAAGAUCGUGGGGAAAGAUCGGUCCACGGAAACACUUAGUAACAGAGCAGUUGUACAUUCAUGCCAAGUGCAUGAUUGUUGAUGAUCGGGUUGCGAUAAUUGGCUCUGCUAAUAUCAACGAGCGUUCUAUGCUUGGUUCAAGAGAUUCCGAGUGUGCUGCAAUCGUUCGAGAUACAGAUCUGCUGUGGUCCACCAUGGGCGGCAAGCCGUACCUUGUUGGUCGUUUCCCUCACACACUUCGGAUGCGGCUUAUGAGAGAGCAUAUCGGCUUGGACGUUGAUGAAAUUAUGGAACAAGCCGAAGCUGAAUCUGACCAAAUGAAUGCGCGAGGGGAACCAAAUACUCCUUACAACUACAGCGACGAUAUGCUCGAUCGUGAGUUUGAUGAGGCUACAGAAAGACAAGAUGAGAGAGAGUUAUUAGAACGAAGACACCGAAUACAAGAUGAAUUCCUUGCUAGAUCGGAAGAAAUGCACAGCUUCAACCACGAUGUUGAUUGGGAACAGGCAAACAACCCCAAUCUUAAGAGUAACAAAAAGCUCACCCAGGACUCAAGAGUAAUGAGGAAUGAGGACCACAAGAAGGAUCUGGAGGGCUACGGUGUCGACCAAAUGAAGAGUAUUCAGGAGGCAGGUCAUGGUGAUGGUCGUGACUCGUUCAUUGUGGAUGAUAGGAUAGAAUUCCUUGGCCCAGGAUCACCUGGAGAUCCUAACAGCCGAAGCAGACAAUCUAAUGUUCCCAAAGAGCUACCGUCUCAGACCGGAGAUCACGGCGAGCAAGAGGAUUCCCCACCAGCUGCAGCCAAGAACUUUGAUCCAAGUGUUCCCAGUUCCAGACCAUCCACUCAACCUACGGCUUAUGAUCUAUCUAGCAAUGCCGGUAAUCCCUCGCUGCAAACUUCCCAAGAUAUCCCUAACAGAACACAUAUAGUUUCGUCUGAAAUCAAUCUCCCAGUGGUGGAUAAGGACUGCAUGAGGGACCCUUUGAAUGACUCAUUUUAUUUGGAUAUCUGGCAAGCAAUAGCAGAAAACAAUACAAAAUUAUAUCGCAGUGUUUUUCGCUGUAUGCCUGAUAACGAAGUCAAAACAUGGAAGGAAUACAAAGAAUAUACUGCCUAUGCUGAACGCUUCGCUGAUAUGCAGGGCCAAAGCCACUAUGAGGCCAAAGCUCACGAAGCCAAAAAUAACCCAGAAGCUGCCAAAGUAACUGGUCCUCCUGGCACUGCCGUGAUCCCUAACCAACUGGCAAAGGCUGAAAAGAUGGGGCAUGAUAUGAAAGAUAAAGUCCUGAACCCAGUUAAAUGUGAUACCUUAGCUGCCGAAGAGGACUUGAGACACUGGGCCUCAGAAGCAAACAAAGCCCAAAUCGAGAGGAAGAGGUUCGAGCUUUCCCACCAGGAGCCUAGCACAUCUCAGGGAGAAAAAGACGCAUUAAAGGCGACGGAGACGAAAUCGUCGCACUCCAGCCAGAAUUUGGAUGGCGUGAUGGCAUCAUUCCCUGAGGUAGAAAGGAGCCCGCAGAAAUGGGCAGACGGUAGCCUGCGCCCGACGGCCUCACAGUCCCAAAGGCGGAGACGGAGAGCAACCACCCGUUCAUCGCGGCGGGAAUUCCAUGCUUCUGACGACAUCAUAUCGAAAGCUGAAGCGGAAGAUUUGAUGAAUUUGAUACAAGGGCAUCUUAUAGUUUGGCCGUAUGAAUGGCUGGAACGAGAGGAACAAGGAGGAAACUGGCUAUACACACUCGAUCAGAUAUCUCCUUUGGAAAUAUACAACUGA